CCCAUUCUUUAUCCGUAUUAUGGUGCUCACUCAAAUUCUCGUCACCGGUGGAACAGGACUUGUCGGUUCCGCCAUUGCGCGCGAAGCUCAAAAUAAUCAUAAAUAUCAGAUUUUGGCGUUGUCGCGCAGCGCGUCUUCUGCGAACGAUAGACCUGGUCUCCAAUACGUGAAAGGCAACUGCCUUAACCAACAAGACUUGAAGAACGCUCUUCAAACAAACCUUUCUGUGGUGCAUACCGUCGGUACCUUGAUUGAACAGAGCAAGAAAGGAAUUGAAGGAAGCUAUGAACGUUUGAAUCGCGAUGCCGCCAUUUCCGUUGCACGCGCCAUGGCGGAGCAGUACGAUGGGAAGAAGCGACAGUGUCUCGUGUAUUUCUCUGCUGCAAAAGCACCUCCUAGCUGGCUUUUGGAUGAGCGCUAUAUGAGGAUGAAGCGAGAAGCUGAAGCGGCGUUAAUGGGACAAGAAUUUAAGAAUAAAAUCAGAGUUGUCGUGUUUAGACCAGGGUUGAUGUAUUCGUACCAUAGACGACAAUUAAUGUUGCCUUUCGCGUUUAGCUUGAUUGUCGGCGCUGCUAUCCUCAGACCUCUGAGUUCAUAUAUUCCCAAUCAGUUACAAUACCUCACAGACCGUCCUUUACUGGAUAACGAAGUGGCAAGAGCAACCUUUGAAGCUUUGGAAAACGAAGAGGUUGAAGGUAUCUACGAAAUUGACCACAUUCGCGAGUUGGCCAAAGCAUGGGAAAAAAAACAACUCGCAAAAUCUGAAUAAAGCACAAAAGUCAUAGUAAUUAAAUAAUACAGAUUCGACUUUGUAUGGCUUGAAGGCCAAUUUGAUGGCUCAUGACUCGAUAACUUGGGA